UAUUCACAAAGAAUUAUAUGAUGCUUUUUUAUCUGGAGAUGAGAUUGGACUGAUUAGUGGAAGGAAAAUAAAACUAACUGUUGCUGUUCAGGAUGACCGACAAUACAACUUUUUUCUUUCCCUCCAACUCUAAAAUCUCAAUCCACUAUGAGAAAACGACAGUGGAUAUGGUCUUCUACACCAUCAUCAUUCUCCUCGGUACCACCGGGAACUCUGUGGUCAUCUGGGUGGCUGGUUUCCACAUGAAAUCCAAUGUCACUAAAAUAUGGUUGGUCAACCUCGCAGUAGCAGAUCUGAUCUUCUGCCUGACAAGAAUUUCUUCACUCAUCUCCAAAAUCUUCUUUGACUACUGGCCUUUUGGAGUCUUUCUCUGCAAGUUCAAUGGUUUCAUUAAAUAUGCCAAUAUGUUCUGCAGUGUUUUUCUUCUGGCUGUCAUCAGUGUGGAUCGAGCACUUUGCAUCUGGCAUCCAUUUUUUACCAGGGAACGACGGACAGUAUGUGCUGCUCGUGUGGUCAGUGUGGGAGUUUGGAUCAUGGCUGUGAUCUUUAGUUGUCCGUACUUUGCUUACCGGCAGGUCUUUCCUGGCAAGAACAACUUGAGCCACUGCUCACUGAAGGUGAAUGGAGCAGCUGAGACUGGCAAUUCAAUAAAGUAUGUCUACUACUUCAUUCGUUUCAUCUGUGGAUUCCUGUUACCCUUUCUGGUCAUCUUUAUCUGCUACACCCUGGCUGCUAUUGGGAUCCACAGAUCAAGACUCUCCAGCAAAUCAAAGCCUCUUCGCAUUCUUGCUGUUUUGGUCGGUGCCUUUUUCGUAUGCUGGGCUCCAUAUCACUUUCUAGGGCUGGUCAAGUUGGUGAAUAAAGACAACGAGGUGGUAAAAAUAGGAUGGAAUAUGGCUUCAAACUUAGCCUAUUUCAACAGCUGCAUUAACCCAAUCUUGUACUUCUUCAUGGGACUGGAUGUUAGCCGACGAUGCAACCAAAGUUUGUCUGGGAUUUUUCGCAGAGCACUCACGGAGGAAGGCCAAAGUCUAUCCCAGCAAUUCACUGGGGAAGAAAUCUGCAAUUCCUUUCUAAAGACCAAAGGUGUUGAGUGUGUAACUAAAGUUUAGGAGUUUUUACUCUCUUUUUCUAGUUAAUUUCUCAGAUCAUGCAAACUGUAAAGAUGGUCUAACUAUGUAUUUAUUACAAUACAGGUCUUGGGUAUUCCCUGAGCAUACAGUAUCUGUUAAGUUUCAACUCUAAAAUACCUCACAGAUAUUUUAUUAUAGCAAUUUGUAAAGGCUCCUAUUUAGGUUAAAGCAAAAUAAUGCUUUUUAUGUGUUUUUUUUAUGUAAAUAAGCUUAAAUAAUACUUUUAUCACAUAAAUUCAAAAUGAAACUCCCACACAUCAUAUGUAGCACAACACUAUUGCUUCACUGAGUGUCUUAAGUAGGUCAAAGAGUGUUUGUGCUGGUGCAAGUUCACAAGUUCCCUUUCAGAUCGGGAACUUCGACAUGCGUCUAGGAGAGACACUAAUGGGAAUACACAAGACGACCAAUCACUCGGAAGAGUGAAGCUGCGGUCACACUGGACUUUUCAACAUAAAAGAUCGGGUCAGAUUCUGGGUGUAGUGGUUUCCUCUCCCCGGAUCAUCGGCACAAGUAUUGCAUCACAUGUUUGGGGGUCCAGCAUGUUGAGGCUGGGUAACAUCUUGCAACAACAUCCAGCUUUUGGCCGGAUGGUCGGCGAGAUCCAAAUUUUAAAAAAAAUUGCAGAUUUCCUUCUCUCUGGGUGUGUAAGCCAGAGUAUUGUCAAUCUGGAACGCGCUGCCUUCCAACUCGCAGUGCCGGUGCACUUCGCCACAGGCUACGAGGGUGUCAGAGAACGGGCUCUUUUCUCUCAUUCCUCCAGCCUCUUCGAAGGGAAUAGCUGAGUGUUCGGCUCCUUCAGCAGCUAAAAGUCUAAGCACUCGCCUGUGAGAGCUGGUUAUAUACUCUACUAAUAUCUAAUCACCUAUAACUGCGGAGCUGUGCUCUGCCAACCCAUGGGCAAACAUUGGCCCGUUUUCUUACUCUUCAGAGUGAGUGGUCAUCUAGCAUACUCCCAUUAGUGUUUCUCCUACACACACGCCUCUGUUCCUUCCUUUGGGGAACGUGGGUUAUGGACGUAACCAGGUUGUUCUUUUUUGCAUUUGUUCUCUUUUUUCAAAUACAUACAAGGCUAUGUCAAAAUCAAUCAAUCAAACACACAAGCUCA